AAAACAUACAGAAGGCAUAUAAAUAUGCAUUGAUAUAACAGCGACGAUGUUUGAGACUGAUUUCGAUAGUUUUGUUUAUUCAACUAAAAACAAGAAAAAAUGCCCUUCUUGGUGGCCUUCUUGCUUAUUUGUUUAUGGCUGUUCUGUCAAAGGACAGCAUGCAAUGAGGCGUUCAACAAAAACGUCGACGAAAAAGGUAAAAAGCGGAGUUCGACUCGGUGUAUGCACGGAUAUCGGUUCCAAAAUCGAAUGUCUCCCACGUUCGUUUAUCUUUGAAGCUUGUCAAGGGCCUGAACAAUGCUCUUGGGCUGCGGGUACCAUGAUUUGUGUUGACGGCCAGUGCCAAUGCAGAGACGGACUUCGGUUAACUUCGGAUCGUAUAUGUACGGUUCAUGAACUGUCCGGCCCCGUGCGCCCGUUGGUGUUUAGCUCAUUGGCCGUUAUAUUAUUUACUUACGUUAUAAUUGUGCUCAAUAUAUUGCUUGAUAUUGAAGAGCGUCGAAAAUUCGCAUCCUUGCCUUCUCCAACAGUAAUCGUCAAUGACCAGUUCGACAAUAGGAAAUUUAAAAAGUUCAAUGAUCAACUGGAUGAAGCAUUGGACAGCUCAUUGAACAGCGUACCAUCGGAAGAGAUUCACGAACAUCGAAACAAAAGCAGAAGUACGAAAUCAGUAACGCUCCAUCAAAACGAAGCAAUUCCCAAAACGAAGAGCAAGCCAAGUGGCCAAAUAGCUAAGAUUCGAAGAUCGACAAAACCUUCCAUAAAGCAAACUCGAGGCUGUUUGUUUCUUUCGGAUCAUAUCUACGAAGGAAUAAGGCUUCAACCACUUCCAAUUGAGCUUAGCACUAAUAACGGCAAUAAUGAAGUCCAUGACUCUGUCACACCGCUAAGAACAAGGCAGAUUGCAUACAGGACACUAGUCAAACUGUGCACGGAGCGUCUUGUUAAAAAGAUGGCAGACAUGUACUUCCUCCAGUGCGAGGCCAAAGCUGGCGGUGACGAUCGAUACGAGCCCACCGCUUCGUUUCUAGUAAACGAUCCCGUUUAUGGAACGGAUAUUCUGUCAUGUGAUGAUGUGCAUUUUUCGUUUCGUAGAAUGAAGUCAAUUAUAACGUCUCUUUUGACUGAAAAAAUACAUAUUUCUAUUUCUGGGUUAGACAUGGCUAAUAUGACCAAGGUAGCGGAGGCUCGUUUGAUGUAGAAAAAACUUAAAAUCGCCCACAAGACCUGCAUCGGACAAAGGACAGGGUUCUGCAAGCUUCCUAUAUUGGAGAAUUUUCAAAGUUUAGAUAACAGUUUGACUGGAAUAAUUAUCGUUAUGCGUUGAAUGCUUAAUGGUAUAAGCAAGGAAGAAACACAUUCUGUUGCUUCAAAAAUGCAAUUGCACAUUCACAUAAACCUUUGACCCCUUUAAUGACUCAAAUAAAAACAGCUUAACAGCCGACAGUGAUCUCUUUAUAUCAGUCCUAGUGCCGACGCUAAAGAACAAACUCCGACAAUAGCAUUUUUAAUAUAUCAAGUAAGUAACCACAAUUUGUAAUUUCUCAAUACUUGUAUGUUUAUUUUUCAAGUUUAGCUCUCUCGCUUUCUUACUGUUUGUUACUUAGUCUCCUGAAUCCUGUACUCUACAGUCGACCUUCCCAUUCCAACUCUUCAUCCAUAUCAUCAUCUUCGACAUUCUCCUCCUAUAUAAGUUAUAUACACAAUCCUAAGACCUGCCUUUUUUUGUGUCGUAUCUUUGUCCGUAUAUAUAUAUAUAUAUAUAUAUAUAUAUAUAUAUAUAUAUAUAUAGUCUUUGAGCAAAAAUAGUUAUGUCUAAGUGCGAAAAAUUUGAUUUUUUUUUUAAUAUUUUGCAGUUCCAUAUCGAUUGACACUCCUUUUGCUGGUAAUCUUUUUACUUGAUUGCUUAGUUGGUGUUGUUUGUUGGCACGCUGCGAUCCUCAACAGUAGUAGCUAUUCUAUGGACUAAUUUACCAGCUCCCAUAAUUUACUUGUAUGCGAAUGUUAUCUAUAUGUAUAGCAUAAGGUAUCAGUUUUUGCCAUCUCUGCCGCUAGUAGGCAUGUUCUCCGCAUUCAUAUGUUGUUUCUAUUUCAUUUCAUCUUUUACAAAUAGUCCGUUUUCCAUAUUAAUUGUGUUACUGAUACAGAGCAAUGUGACCAAAUUGCUUUAAGAAGGACAAUUGUAGCUUAUUCCUAUCUUGUCUCCCGUGUUUCCAGGGCUCAUUAUCUAAUCACCUAUCGCUAAUAAUUGAUUAUGAUCUUUGCAUACAUCAAAGGUUACGCGUAUAUAGAUAUCUAUAUUGUCGUCUAUAAACAGUGUUUAUUCGAAGUCUAAAACGAAUUAUGUGUCAUGGGCCUACUCGUGGCUAGGUUAUAUAAAAUAAUUAUACGAUCAUUAUUUUAAAACAGAAAAUAAAGCGUAAUAUAUUUUUAGUACGUUUCUCUUUGUUCAUUUUUACAUAAACGCAUAAGCAACGAGGUCGCUGUGCAAGCCUAGUAUAUUACGAAACAUUAUUAUAAUGUAAGGGUUUAGCUGUUUCCACUGGCUGAUACUGAUACAUGUCUAAUAAUUACCAUAAAUAUUGUAGUAUUUUCAAAAUCAUAUUUGUCCUAUUCAUUUCGAUUCAUCAUUUUCUGCAAUAUUCCGUCUGCGAGUGUGUGUAUCCAAAUUGUAUAUUGUGAAGGAACCAGGUCGCCAAUAGGCGUCUGACCGAGUUGCCGGCCAAUCGAAAGACUUAUGAUAUCGUCGGGAUAUCAUCAGUUUCGGGAUUCAUGACUUUUAUUUCGAGCCGCUACAGUAUGAAAUAGAACGCCAGGUAUAUUUGUUCUGUAGUUUUUCUAUACCAUCGGUUUCUGUUCCUCGCUGUAUUUUGCAAAGAAUGGUACGGUAGACGCGGUUCCUCGAAUUUUUCGAAGUAACUUUUUUUUAAUUUGUCCCCUAAUUGAUUCAAGUCUAGCAAGUUCAUAUACAUCUGGUUAUAAAUUCCGUUUAUUUCUUUUUGCUAUUAUAUAUCUAUAUCAGCAUCUGUCUUACUUUUUUUUUGCACAUCCCCAUCGCUUCCAUACGGGUGCACAUCUGUUCUGUUUCGAACAAAGAUGCGUUAUUACACUUGAACAUCCAAUAAUAAUAAUUAUUAUUAUUAUUGUAGUAAUAAUAGCAGUCAUAGAUUUGUCCCCUAAGUAUUUAUGUUCGGUUCACACAGACCACAUAUUCGAUUUAUAUAUUUAGACAAAGUUUCUCAUUCUUUCUAAAUAAAUCUUUCACCCGUAUCGUUAAAGCAAUUGACUACCAUUUUCUACAAUUAUCAUAUAUAGAUAUAAAUGUAUAUGUUGGUAUGUU